UUUUGACCACUAGAUGGCCAAUAUUAUGAAAGGUUCCGUGAAGUUUGCAUCACAAAUAAACAACUAACGGAAUAUGAGCUAAAUCUGAUGAUUAGAAAGCAAACACAUCGUUUCGCGCAGACGGGUUUGUUCGCUCCGGGCCACCGUCCUUCCUGCUGUGGGUGUGGACGAUGACAAAGUACCCGGAGGAUGAAGGCUGAGCAGCUGGAAAUAGUUUCAUGUUGACCGGGUUUCGGGUUCCUCCGCGGCUGGGAGCUGGAAUGCUGUGUCAGGAUGGGAAAUCUGUUCGGAAAGAAGAAGCAGUCCCGCGUGACGGAGCAGGACAAAGCCAUUUUGCAACUGAAGCAGCAGCGAGAUAAGCUGAGGCAGUACCAGAAGAAGAUCCGCCUGCAUCUGGACAGGGAGCGGCGGCUGGCCAAGACGCUGCUCCAGGACGGCAAGAAGGAGAAAGCUCUCCUCCUGCUGAAGAAGAAGCGGUACCAGGACCAGCUCCUGGAAAAGACGGAGAACCAGAUCAGCAACCUGGAGCGGAUGGUCCAGGAUCUGGAGUUCGCUCAGAUAGAGAAGAAGGUUCUGGAAGGGUUGAAGGUCGGAAACGAGUGUCUGAAGAAGAUGCACGAGGUGAUGUCCAUCGAAGAGGUGGAGCGGAUCAUGGAUGAAACCCAGGACGCUGUGGAGUACCAGCGGCAAAUCGACGAGAUGCUCGCCGGCGCGCUGACUCAGGAGGACGAGGACGCCGUUCUGGCUGAGCUGGAGGCCAUCACUCAGGGAGACGUGGAGCUUCCAGACGUUCCUGCGGAGCAGCUGCCUGAAGCUCCCGAGCGGAAAGGAGAGCGGGAGCGUCCGAGGAAGAAGGCGGAGCCAGAGAUGCUGGCCAUGUAGGAGCGCCGCCGACCUCCUCCUCUGCUCUGCCGGUGACCCUCACAGGAGCUCCUGGGUCUCCUCUGACGACCCCAGGGAGGUCAAAGGGUCACCUCACUCAAACGUACACAGUUUCCUCUGAUAGAUGAUUGGUGACCUGAAAUGGAUGCUUUGAAUUCCACGUUGGAGGACAAAGUGAGGAAAGUUUUCUGCAGCUCCUCCUCCUGAAACUUUCCCGUAACCACGACACAUCUGGUGACCUCCUUUCCUCCAGAUUCUCUAAUCCCGUCUCUGCUGGAUUAGCUAAGAGUGUGAGCUCAGCUCCGAUGCUCAGACAGCAGCGGGUAAUCUUCUAAAGGUGUUAACGCCCAUCAGAACACCUCACCUGUCUGCUGCAGAGGCCCCGCCCCCUCCACAGACUCCAUCAAACUGACCUGAACAUCCAAACACUCCACACAUCUGUUUGCUUUUUACAAUAAAACUAUUUUUUAGUUCUUG